GAGAGGGAAGGGGAGAAGGGUAAAGGACAAGGGACCAAACGGAAGACGCUGGUAACACCGGGAAAAGUUUGCGUUACGGAGAGGAAUUUGAACCUUUUGGGAUCUUUGGAUGAGAGAAUCCCGUAGAGGGGAAAUCAAGCGCGGCUGGAGCAUCAGACAUGAAUCCGAGGUGGUGGUCUGAAGUCGAUGCUGGAUGCCAUGGAAGUUCCAAGUCAUGCUAGGCACCUCCUCUUGCAGCUGAACACACAACGCACCAAGGGCUUCUUGUGUGAUGUCAUCAUUGUGGUACAGAAUGCACUGUUCCGUGCUCACAAGAACAUUCUGGCAGCCAGCAGCCUCUACCUUAAGUCUCUCGUUGUUCAUGACAACCUCAUCAAUCUGGACCAUGAGAUGGUCAGUCCAGGUGUCUUUCGAGUCAUCCUUGACUAUAUCUACACCGGACGCUUAAGUGAUGGUGACCCCACCUCUCCCACUGAACCAAAUAUAGGGGCGGUGUUGGCAGCAGCAAGUUACCUGCAACUGCUGGACCUGGUGGCUCUGUGCAAGAAAAAGCUGAAGAGGAAUGGAAAGUAUCAUUUACACCCCAACCCUGGAUUUUUGCCUUACAAGAUUGGCCCAGGUGGGGUGGGUGGAGGACGGUUUCACGUAUCCACUUCAGUCAUUGACUCCUGCCUUUCUGGUAGAAUAGUCGGCACUCCUCGACCAACAUCAUUAGAAGAUCUGCCCUCCCUUCCACUGGUCCCCUAUGCAGGACAGAUUUAUGCCCCAGCUCCCACACAGGGUCCACCACCUUACCCCCCAACAAAGGCAUCUCUGUCACCACAGUCGGGCCUGCGUUUGCCCCCUGAGAGGAAAUGCUCAUCCGUAUUUGGCCUUGAUCUGUCCAAGAAAAGCCCCACUUCCCAGUCACAGCUCCCUUCCAGUCAUCCCCAUUUGGUCUCCUCAAUCCAUCCAGAUGAGGAGCCUGAGGGGGAACUUGACCAAAGCACCAGCCCACUGCUCAGCCCCAACGAUGGCUCUAGAAAAAUGGAGACAGCCCACCAUGCAGGGACCCUUACGCCACACCCUUUCCCCCUCCCCAACCAUCCAUUUGCACCCCAUCUUCCCAUCCUACACCGUUCUCAGGGCCAGGAGCCAUACCCCUGUCCUCCCAGUCCUGAGCCUAUGGAGGACUCCAGAGAACAAGGCAGAGAUAGCGCAAGCAUCUACCGCUGGGUGAAGAAUGAACCGUCCAAUCCAGAGGAUGAAGAUGAGGAGGAUGAAGGAGAUGAAAGUGGAGGAACUGGUGAGCAGGAUAAAGAAAGACACCACCAGCACAUGAACCACCAUAUGAACAGUGAAGAAAAGCUGAAUGUGAGUGAGAGGGGCUAUGACAGAGGGACUGUGACCUGUGAUGAUGGUGAGGAUGAAAAUGGGACUGGCAGUGAGGAGACAGGGAGCAGUGAAGGCCGUCCAUCGCCCCCUGGUGCAGGUGGGAGAUAUCACAUGCCUUAUGAGCCAGAGAGUUUCGGAGAUAACUUGUAUGUGUGCAUCCCCUGUGACAAAGGCUUUCCCAGUUCAGAGCAGCUAAAUGCCCAUGUGGAGACUCAUACAGAGGAGGAGCUCAACAAUGGUAGUGAGCUGGACAACAGCAAUAACUGCAGCAAACCCAACAAUGGCCAUGGGCCUACAAGUUUGAACAGCUCUAGUGGCCUCCACAGCCCCUUCUCAGAUAACAAAUCUGGUCAUAACCUCCAUUCCAUUGGCCUAGGAGAGAUCAUACGACCAUAUCGCUGUUCUUCCUGCGAUAAGUCCUAUAAAGAUCCUGCCACGCUGCGGCAGCACGAGAAGACACACUGGCUGACCCGGCCAUACCCAUGUAGCAUUUGUGGCAAGAAGUUUACCCAGCGUGGUACCAUGACACGCCACAUGCGCAGCCAUUUGGGCCUAAAACCCUUCGCUUGUGAUGCCUGUGGGAUGCGCUUUACUCGGCAAUACCGCCUCACGGAGCACAUGCGCAUCCACUCUGGAGAGAAGCCCUACGAGUGCCAGGUGUGUGGGGGCAAGUUCGCUCAGCAGCGCAACCUCAUCAGCCACAUGAAAAUGCACAGUAGUGGAGCGGCCGGCGGAGGACUCACUCCUGAUGGCAAGCUGAAGAUAGACUUCUCUGAGGGCAUUUAUCCCUUGAGUAAGUACACCAUUGAACAUCUGGGUCUGAAGCAGGAGAAAACCUCAGAUCUUCUUACGGCCUCUCAGCACCUUCUGGCUGAUGCUAAGGUCAUUGAGAGCCUCUACCCACUGUCAAAGCUGGCUGCAGAACAUCUUGGCCUCACCCACAACAAGAUGGACAUCCUGAACCAAACCCUUCCGCCCACUCCCCAGCAGCUCUCAGCAGAGAAACGCACCAUUGACCGCUACUCUCCCAGCUAGAGGGGGGAACCACUAACUAUACUUUCCAAAGAGACAUCACUGUAUACCAUUCACAGUAUUCAACUCACACCUCAUCAUAAUUGAACUUGCACCUCAAAGAGUGUUGGCCAGAAAGUGUUGGCCAUAAAAUGCAGUCUGUGCGGCUGUUUGACUUCUAAACGUGCCUUUCUUUGCAGAUUUUCGCAGUACAUGCAUUUCUUAAAUUACAUUCCUGAAAGGAGAAAAUGCUUUAUUUAUAAUCUGUUUUGACCAUGGACACAAUGCAGUAUUUAUAUAAAAAAACUUAUUUUUUUGUCAAUCAACCGAGCCAAACAACCAUUUGAAAACCAAAAAGAGAUUGUUUUUCUUUUUUUUUUGGUAUGUUACAAAGCCAAAGAGAAAAUGUCAAAAUGUUACAGAAGAUUGAUACCCUAAACCUGUGUAUUAAAUAUUAUUGGUGUAUAUAAAAAGGAAAAAAAGCACAUAUGAACAAUAUUCAGGGUUCAGAAUAGAGGGGGAAAUCUGGACAAAAGAAAAAGCCAAAUCUUUGGGAUUUUAUAGUAAUUGGAGGACUUUUUAUAGACUAUUUUUUUGGAGUACUGGAUCACCUGUGUCUGAUUUUCCAGCUUUGUGAAUGGCCCAGUUUUUUCCAUAUUAAAAAGGAGCAACUAACCGAAGAGAGUGUUUGUUCCAGAACAUAGGUAAAGUGAUCUAAGCUUUUCUCUGCAUUGAUGUAGAUGUGUGAUACUCUUCAGCAUGGAGUAAGAGCUCACAUAGAGUGUCAUUUAUUUUAUUUUUUUUAAUUUUUACCUUCAGGUGUAUGGUCUCUUUAUGUUUCCUUUCCUCCAACUCUUUCUUUUACUUCAAAUACCAAGUGCCUUUAGUUUGUUAUUGGAAACGCAGCAAGUACUGCCCUGUGAUCUCACAACUGGAAUAUCUUUGCGCAUAUUCCGCUCAUGAUAUAACAAUCUGUGUCCACGUGUUUCAGUCCAUCUGGUGUGACAGACUAAGCAUGGGUGGUGCCUUUGAAAAUUGAGAAACACUCACAACAGAACAAUAGAUUCCACAAGCUCCAAAUGUGUUGCAGUUGACAAUUUGCAGAAAGCAAGCCAGUCUACAUUAUUCUUUGAACUAGAUGUUUAACAUUACAUUGAAGGCACUUCUUUUGCUACAAAUCCAGUGUAUCUGAUCAAACAGUGAAAUUUUGUGAGUUAUUGAUUUUGCCACACCUUUAAGAGCCACCCUUAUGUGAAUUUUAGCAAAAUGCCUCCUCACCCCUAUUAUGGUGCAAUAAAUUUAAGGCUAAUGUGACGGCUUUAACCCAGUGGUGUCGGACAACCAUUUGAACAUAAGAAGUAGGGCUUUCUAUCUCUCUCUAAUACUGUGAGCACAGAUAGCAGCAGCUGGUCCACUCAGGGUAAGCCCUGUGAAAUCUUAGAUUUUCGAAGCCCAUUCGCGCUUGUCUGUCCCACUGAUCUUGGAUUUUAUGUCAGUUGACCAGGCCCUGUGAUCUACAUGCUGCCUGGAUAUACAUCCUAAUCCCCCAGCUACUGCACAAAUAGACCAUAAGCUACAGUACAUUCAUCCUCAAAAUUGUACAACAAUCAAUUCAUUAAGACUUUGCUUGGCUGAUAGGGUCACAGCUCUGCAUGCUUCAUUUUUGUUGUCUUGAAAUUUAACUGGUUGGCCUCAUAAUAAAUAAUAAUUUUUAUUUUUCAUUUAUGAAACAUUUGACCAUGUAUGCAAAUGCUUCUUCUGAUGCGAAAUGGCACCCCACAGUUUUUUUUUAAGUAUUCGUAAGACAUUUUCAUCUUUCCCUCUGUCAGACAUUAAGUGAAACAAAUUUUUGUUGACCACUAGUACAAUUUCAACCUCAGUGGGUGAAUGUGAAGACUUAAACAAUGAAUGCACUGUGAAAGAACUAAUGAAACUUUAAGCUUUAGAGCUUAGUGAAUCUUAAGGGUGUUUGGGACAAAUUACCUGCUUUACGCAGUAGUGUGUCGGCUAAUCAAGGUUUUUUCUUUCUUUUUUUUGGUCAUACUUAACUUUCUUACUGAAACCAAAGUGAAAUUGGUGCUUACCUCAGGACUGAAGCAGAGCUUUGGCAAUACAGUAGUUUGGCACACAAAUGCACAUAAACACACACAAAGGCUCUCUGUCUCUUACUUAAAUACAGUAUAUUCAUCAACACUCAAGCACACUCUGUCUGAAGGGAUCUUAUUGUCUUUAAACCUGUGGUCAUUUCAUAAUGUUAAAAGUAUGUCAUUUGUUCUGAAAUGAUUUUUUGAAAUUACUUGUUUUUUUUUUUCUGUGUAGCUUAUGCAACUGUCUUAUAUUUGUACAUUUACAUUUAUUGUUCAAUUAAAUGGUAAAUUACUUAUUUACCAUAAAAGGCAAAUUUAUAAAUUAAAAAGGA